CACAAACAAAAAAGUGAGCAGGGAGCAUACGCAUAUCCAGAAACACCAACACACAUGGGCCACCAACACCGGUAGCGCACGAAAAUCGAGUCGAAGCAUGCGCGAUCGCCGAAUCUCCGUCAUGUCUGGCAUGUUCCUCCGACUGUCGCUUCCGAUCUCCGGUUCGCUCUCUUUCUUUUUCCCGUCCGUUUCGUCAGGUUUUCCACUACCGUUUCUGGAAAACGGUGUGUUUUUGUUGUUGCCGUUGUCUUUCUAUUUCUUCCGCUCGCAUGACACACGAAACUGCGGAGCGCACGAGCCGGAGAAGCUCGGAGAAAACACGAAUGCACGAACCCUGAAGCAGCAUUUACAGCAGCAGCCAGAAGCAGCCUGUCGUCAGUCGUGUCUGUCAUACUGAAUUCGUUUUCGCAGCAACGCGCAGGUGACUUGGCCACUCAGUAAAUGCCGGUUAAAUAAAAGUGAUCUCUCCCCGGGGGCAAACGCAAUACGGUUCGAUCCAACCAGGCAAACGUAACCAGCAGAAACGCAAGCGAAUACAAAUCGUAACGAAGAAACCGCAGAACAGCACGGAAGCAAGUGACCAAAACCAUCGGUGUGUCAGGAUAGCAAAACCCGAACUUGCAAUCAGUUGUGAUAGAGUGGGCUGCGAAGAAAGACAGACAGACCGACAGCGAUCUCAAGUGCGAAACCCCGUUUGACCCAACCAAAGCCUGAAGGGAAAGAGAGAUACGAGACAGCAGAUAGCAGAAGAUAUUUAAUCGUAAAAAAUCUAGUGCAAUAUCCUUACGACACGAAAAGUCCGGAAAAUUGACCCCAAAGAAAACGCGACCCCUCCUCCACGUACAGGUCCACAGAAAAAGGGGAAAACGGUUCCAUCCGUGAGUUGUGUUGAGUGUGAGUGUGAAUCAUCGUCAUUUUCCGUCGUCGUCGUAGGACAAAAAGGCUCGGCCAGAGUGUGAGAGAGCAAAAGAGAGUGCACGGGCAUCGAAAAGGAGACUUUUCAUGUACAUUUAGUAGUUAUACGUCAAGGAAAGCAACUGUUACGUUACCAUACUCGGUCUACAGCCAUACACCAUAACGGCAAAAGGCAAACCCCUUAGUGCUAUCGCUUCACUGAAGCCAUUCGCCGUGUUUUCCCGUGGAAAAUAGUUAUUUGAACGCUGCACAGAAUCGAUCCUUCGCGUUGGACUUUCAAGCCAAGCUUUGCCAAGCUUUCUCGCAGUGAGCGGGUGCGUAACGGGAACUAACGGACAGAGUUAGGAUUAUUUAAAGUAAAGCAGCUUCAAACCUAGAAUUAGAAAAUCAUUAGGAAUCAUUAGAGUGCGUGUAAAAACCCGAACGUGAUUAGCUGUGUGCUAUAAGCAUAACACAAACCUCCACACAAGUAUAGAGGAAAACGCAGUGUUGCGAAUAAAUUGACACAUCUCUUCCUGGCUCUGGCAGGAUCGAUCAAGUAGGCGGCUUGGUGUUAGUGUCAUCAUCAUCAGCAGCAUUCGUGCUUUCCGUGGUAGUGAGUGGUGUGUGUAUGUGAUUGUGUGGUUGUGAUAGGCCGAGGAAAACUUUCGACUCCGUAGACACGGGAAAACCCUUACCGGACGCUCUCUCAGCUUUUCCAACGCGGUUCGAGAGAGCAAGCUUGCAAAUCGCAAAGCGGUGAGAGAGAGAGCGAGAGUGUGUUGGACUCACCCCGAAAGGAUUUCCCUUUCGACGCAGGGAGCGAACAGUUUUCCGCGAUUCUGGAACAAGGCUAGUGGACUCGGUGUCACUGUGUUAGUCGUGAGCGAUAAAGUGCAUAGACAGGACACGCAGUUACGGGUGUGUUUCCGUUAACCACAGGAGAAAAAGAUAUAUUACCGACCACCAACACUACUAAUCUACUGCUGGCAAGUGUAUCUCCACAAAUUUCUUCUCGGCAACGGGUUCACGCGCUCCGGCCAAUUCAGGUUACUAUUCUCAGACGAUAAAGAAAGCACACUUGUGGAAAAUUACUGCGUACUGCACUUCGUCCGUUGCGUCCUCUCGCCAACUGACAUCCAAGUGACUGACCCGAUAUCCUGAAAGUGACCCUAUUGCGAGAAGCUGCGCAAAAACAGUCCGUUCGAUACCGUCGUCAAAGUCGUCGUCGUCGCUCUUUGCUGUAUACAAUAUUCCAUUUGUUCGAUUGAACUUUGAGUGAAGAGCAAGACCGGGAAGAAAGCGUCAGCAUGGAUCAGGACCAGGAGCACCAGGUGGCUCCGCUCGAGGUGAACGGGGGCGAAGAGCAUCAGGGCGGUAGCAUCGAUAUCGGGGCAGGUUCUGACGGGCCACCGAGCAUUAUUGGUGUCGGUCCGCCGAGUCCGCUUACCGGGUGCUAUCUGUUGAUUGUCAUCGGUGAGCCACACUCGCAGGACCAUAAGGAUAUCAUUCUCCAACGGCUAAUCAAAGGCUUCCUUUCGUGGGAUGUUGUCGAUUGCCAUGUCGACUUGGAGGAGGAACUGCAUACAAUUACGUUGCAGGCGUUGGAAGGCGAGGAAGGCAAGCAUGGUGAACGAUUGAUUCAGUAUGCCAGCGAAAAUCUGGUUACUGAAAUCUUGAUUCAUCCACAAGUCAACACCUUCAUCCAAUGUAUCCGGAAUCUGCUGAGUAGCUUCACUCGGCACCGUCACAUCAUCCAUACGGGCUACACGUUCUCAGGAAAUGGAUCGUGGAUAUUACAGGACGGAACAUUUUCAGUGAUGGAUUUCAUGGAAGCAUUCCAAGAGCACGAGGUACAGCGCGUACUUCGUGCCUAUCCUGACACGAUCACUAUGGAUAUACACUGUGCUCCCGUAGGCCAGUGGCACACGAUCCAAGAAAAGUCCUUCUCGCGACUCUGCCAGCUACGCCUGAAUCCGGUGGACGUGCUGAGCUCGGGCAGUGAAAAAUUGACUGCAUUUGUCGCUUAUUUAUCGUCGAUGAUCAUACCGACGGAAAUAUCAGAGCUUUUGGAAAGCUCCGAUGUGGUUGGCAACAUCCGUUUUAGCCACCCAACCUUGUACGUCUUCCCGGGAGGGCAGGGAGACGCUGCACUGUUUGGAAUCAACGGCUUCAACAUGCUAGUUGAUGGAGGCUUCAGCCGCAAAUCGUGUUUCUGGGACUUUGUUCGCCAUCUAGACCGUCUCGAUGCGGUACUUAUGACACGCAUCAACAACACCAACAUCAAGGGUAUUUCUUCCGUGGUGGAGCGCAAAAGUGAAGCACACGUCUACCCUCAGAUAGGACACUUUUUCUGCAACAUUCCCGAGCGAAAGGGAUUGCCGAGCCCGGAUGGAGACAAGGACCGGGACCCGCUGUUGGUGGACAUACUGCAGGAAGGUCACCAAAUCGUAACGAACCUAAAGUCGUUGAACUUGAAGGCACAAAACUGUUACCGUGAUGUGGAACCGAUCAACCUGUACCAUAAGGUUGGCCACGGAACGCUCGACAUGUACGUCAUCAGUCCAGCACGGGAUUCGCGUGAGGUCAAAGAUUUCCUUGCUCGAUGGGCCGCCGCUGAUCAGCGUCUCUUUACGAAAGAGACGAAGGACGGCAAAGAUUUCGCUUUUCCGCUUCAAAAUCUCAUCUCUAUCUGUGCGCUGCUGGUGUGGACACCGGCCAAUCCGGAAGAUAACAUUACGCGUAUUCUGUUUCCGGGAUCGGCUCCUGAGUACAAGAUUCUGGAGGGAUUGGAAAAGAUGAAGAAUGUCGAGUUUAUGCGACAACCAGUAUGCCCGGUCAAGUCAAUCACGGCAAACCUGUCGACACCGGUGUUAGUCACGAAGAAGACCCUUAAGUCAGCCUCCACUGAUCGCAUCAUGUCGGAAGCAAUACAUCCGUCCAAGCCGAAGGACAACAAGCUGAUGGACAACAAGAUGCGAAUGAUGGCAGCCGAUAAUAAGCUUGCUGCAGAUGGGAUGGACAGCUCUGCGGAUGAGAUCAAAAUGGAAAAACAGCUAUCGAAGCCUCCAGUUUCCACGACUGUUGCUUCGGCCAAGGUGGAAAGCAAACCCAAAGCCAUUCGAUCGGGCAAACCAACGUCUGUGUCCGAGAAGAAGCUCGAUAACAAGAAGUUGGAACAGCAGCAGCAAGACGAAAAGAAGGAUUCCAUCUCGGAUGUUAGCUCCGAUAAGGAAGAUGCGCUGUCAACCGACAAAUCGAAACCAAUGGCAGUGGACAGUGAAAAGAGUCUCGAUGAAGCUCCGGAUGCGCAGGAGAAAAAGGAAGAAGUCGAUUCUGCGAAGCCUGACCUAGAUGCGAAGGAAAAGAAGAAGGAUGAUGCUGCCUCGCCGGCCGGAGCUGACACCGGCGGUAUUGUGGCAAAGGCCACCAGGAAACCACCUGCAUCACGCACAGUAACAUCAUCCACGACUCGCUCCAGGGUGGACACAACCAGCAAAACUUCGAAGACUUCCGUAGACCGUAAGCCCGUCGUGAAGAAACAAACUGAAACCAAUAAAUCGUCACCAACUACGCCGAAGAAAACGGGCUCCAUCGAAUCCAAGCUUACCAACGGCAGUGCCACCAAGGCGGAACAGGGCGAAGACAUUAAAAAGGCUGUCGGAAAGACAGCUGCUUCCAAACCGAGCUCUAUGAUGGGCACAAAACCAGGCAAAUCUAGUCCGAAAGCAACCCCUGCCAAGAGUGCUAAGGAUGAGAACAAUCGUAAAGUCCUCGAGGCUAGACAGCGACCGGCAAUGGCCGCUAAGCGCGAGGCUCGCAAGGAGGUCGAAAAGAAGGACGCUCCCGUAGCGAAGCAAACGGAGCGCAAGCCUAUCUCACGUCGUCCUAGAGGUACCGCUACGACAUCUUCAAGCGCAGCGACAGCAGGUGGUAGUCCUGUGAAGGCGAAGAAGGUGUUGAAGUCCGAAAAAGACGCCGUCAUCCGGAAGGCUAAGCUGGAUAAGAACGGUACGACCGAUUCAAGUCUCGUUUCGACUCCAAGUGCAGAUGAAGGAGGCGUUCCAGUUCCAAAGCGACCAGUUGGUAUCGUAGCUUCAGACGUCGUACCUGGUGACAGUGAUACGCUGGAGGCGAUAAAGAAACAGCAGCAGCUGGCCGAACUGAAGGAAGAACAAGAAGCAGUUCGUGAGAUUGAAGCUGUAUUUAAUCGCGAUUCGGCUGCUCAAAAGGCACUCAAACACCGAGAACUGGCGUUGACGGAAGAGCAUCGUGAGGUGCAGGAUAGUGCCACCGAGCCAGAGGAAGAGGAGGAAUAUCUCAUAAUCGAAAAGGAGGAGCAGUACACCGAGGACUCCAUCAAUGAGCCGGAAAGCAGUGCCACCAAGGAGGAAGAAAUUCAGAAGCACCAGCGCGAUUCGCAGGAAUCGGAGAAACGUAAGCGCGACAGCUUGGAAGAAGAGAAAGAGGAAAAGGUGGAUGCAGUCAAGAUUGUUGAUCAGACGGAGGCUGCGGCGGAUGUGGCUGAAAGCGAAAAGGCGGAAGACGAUCAACCGCAGCAAGAGGAAGGAGCGGUAGAAGCCAGUGCUCCGGCAGAAGAAGAGCUCGAUGACCACGAGCGAGAAAUGCAGGAAAAACUCUCACCCAAACACAAACAGGAGCUCGAGGAGGAAGUGCAGGACAUUAUUGCCUCGGCGAAGGAAAUUGCAAAGUCCAAGAUGGAAACUUCGAUGGAUGGUUUGAAGACGGAAGAAAUCUCGUCAUUCAGUCCCGAUGAAAAAAUGAGCAGCACGAAAAAGACCAGCGAUACGCGUGAUGAGGAGCAGGAACUUCCGAUCGGUCAUCCGAAGGACCACAUCGAUCCCCCGCAUCAUGAAAGCCACCAUGAGGAGCGUGUGUCAGCAACAGUCGAGUCCGGAGCAACAACGACCGCUCCGACGCUUCCCGAAGACGAACGCAUUCCGCUUGACGAAAUCAAGGAAGAUCUUGUGAUUGAGGAAAAACACGUCAAGGAGGAAACGAAAGAAGUCGAAGUGGCUUCGGCAGCCGCUGUGGCUGUUGCUGCUUCUGCUGCUGCUACUGCCGCAACAGUUCCUGCAGAACAAUCCACCGGUCCUGCUGUACCGCCACCAGUAGCCGCUCCGCUUCAAACCGUUUACGAACCGUUAGAACGACCGACCCCGGCUAAGAUGCAGUUCAGCGCCCAACAAGCGCACAUGCGCGACGUGGUGAAGACGCCGGACGAAGUUGCGGAUUUGCCCGUGCACGAAGAAGCCGAUCUCGAGGAGGAUUAUGGUGAGGAUAAGGAUAAGGACAGUAAGGAGGACGAGGACAAGGAUCGUGAUACGAAAGAAAAGCCAGAGGAGGAGCCGGUCGUCGCCGUCUCGACGACAACGGUAGCGUCCGCAAUGGCGACGAAAGAGACUGAUGCAAAGCAACUUGAGAAGACUGAUGAUGAAAGGCAUGUAGUGGAUAAGUCAGUUGAAAGUGAUAAACCAUGUGAUACGGCGAACAGGACAACUGAAGUGAAGGAAGUGUUCGAGAAGGUUGAAAAAGACACUCGGCUGGACAAGCCACCCAAGUCAGACGCACACGAAACUGGAGAUCAGGAUGCUUCGAACGCAAAGCUCACGGACGAAGCUGUAUUGAGGGAUUUGGAGUCCCAAAUUAUCGUCCCCGUGGAUGAUAAGCUCGACAGUGCAGUCAAAGUGCAGCAACAACAUCAGGUCAAACGUGAAAGUAAGACACCAGUUGAGGACGAUGAUCAGCACGAUGACGACGAUGAAGACAACAAGGUACCGGUAGAAGAGGAGCUGAUCGUUGCGCAGAAAGUGGUGCCUAAAGUUCCACAACCGCCACAAACUGUCACUUCAGUAUUGGACGAGAUUUGGCAGCAGCCAUCGAAGGUUGAGGAAAAGCUGAACGAGUUAAAGCAUCUCAUCGACGACAAGACAAAGGAUACCGUGUCGAACUUGGUGGCCAUCAAGGACACUAUGGUGAAAACUGUUGCGGAACGUAAGGAAGAGAUCAUCGAUACAGUUACGGAAGAAGUCAUAGAUACUGAUCGCAAAGUCAAGGAACUUAUUCAGGACACUGGCAAAGAGGUAGAGCAAAUGGCUGCGGAAACGGCUGUAGAAAUUGUGAAAGGCUUGACCGACAAAACUGAUGCUGUGUUGGAUAAUCUGCAAGCCAAGACUCAGCAAGUGGAUGACGAAUUGCAGGCAACCGCUACCAAGCUGGACGCUAAAGUUGAUUCACUAGCACAGGAAGUGUCACAAGUUGCUACAAAAGUUGACGAAACCCUGGUCACGCUCGCGGCCGAAAAAAGCGAACUGGAAAAGUUAGCGAAAGACCUCAAGCAAGAUGUUGUCAGCCAGCUGGACAGUGCAAAACAGCAAGUAGAGGAGGACAUUACGAAAGAGAUAGAGAAAGUGCAAGACAAGGCUAAGACCGGCAUCAGCUCUUUCUUCGGCAGUAUUACAGAGGGCAUUAAGAGUGGAAUCGAGAAAAUGGCAGAUAAAGUCGAACACAAAAUCAAGGACAAAGCCGAUGAGGUUGAAGUGAAGCUGGCACAAGUUACGGAAAAGUUCGACACUCUUCAAAUGGAACUUGAAUCGGAAUCCACCAUUCAGCAGGUUCAACAAGAACCAGGACAGGCAUACGAUCGGUUCGGCGGACCUUACGAGCGCAGCUUUACGCAAGAGCUGCGUGAAACUCACAUUACGACAUUGGAUUCUCCUAUUACGGAUGGAGAUAAACUGAACAUGGAGCUGAAAGCGAUGGUCAACAUUCCACACGAUAUCGACGAAGAUAAGGAGCUCGAGGAGCUGGAGGCCAACAAGAACAUGGGCACGUUCGUAAUCGAAGACAUUAAGUACAGUGCGUUUGAAGAUGCAAAUCUACGCGAGAUCAAGGAGGAGGAGGAGGAAGAUCGCGUCUCACCACCACAAGGAGCAUCGGAGAAACUUGGCCCAGUCGUUGGUAUGAUGCCGCCCCGCGCUCGUACACCCGAAGACGUAGCCAAAAUAGUGGCCAAUGUGGCGGAAGUGCUGAAGUCGGACAAAGAUCUGGAAGAAAUCAUCCCGGGUUUCGAUCCACAGGAGUUGGAGCGUAAAUUGUCACAAGGUGGAGCUCGCGAAGAGGAUGUAGGCACAGUGCAACGAAUGCUCGUCACGGCCAGCAGUGAGGAUGGUGGUGAAGAAACAGUCAUCUGCGCUGAUGGUACGAUUACGUUCUCUAAAUCAGCGACUCCAGAACCGAUACAAGGAUCCGGUACAACUACUCCUGAAAUUAAGGUGCAUGAAGAAAAUGAAGAGGAAGAGGAUGAGGCAGAAGAAUCAGGGCUGGCGAAGGAUGCUUCCGAAAUUAAGCGAACAGCGGACGAAAAGGGUAGCCCUGCAUCAUCGGGCAAAUCGUCACCGGAUUUGAAAACAUCUCCCACUUCGAUCGAAGAGAAAGAUAAGCAUGAAUUACCUGAGAAGGUGGUCCAUGUUGACACGGCUAAGUCCAAGGGGCAAGACGAAACUGUUGGUUUGUUGAGCGACAUCCGUAAGGAAUCGUUGGUAGAUCAUCAUACAGAAGAUCAAAUUGAUGAUACAAGACGAGAAUCAGCCAUCAGUACGUUCAGUGAGCGCGACUACACGAAGGAUGAAAGCUCGUUUGUCGAUGAACGUGACUCCUCGCGAGCGCAUUCAAUAUCCAGCCAUAUUAGUGACCUUAAAGAAGACCCCGCUGACCUCAAAUCAGUUGCAGAUUUUUUGAAAGAAACUGACAAAGACCAGGAUCAAGUUUUUGCGGAAACAGAUGAUAAAAUGAAAGAACUGUCCAGUCCUGAAUCGAUCACAAGCCAAAAGACAGUUUCGGAGAAGGAUGCCCUUAGCUUGAAUGCUCUCACGGAAACUGCUGCAAUGAAAGCGAGUGAGUCAGGCAAAGUAACGGAACCAGACUCUAUGAAGCAAGCGGCAGCCACUGAGCACGAAUUUUCCCGUCCAGAUUCUCCAGCCAGUGUUGGAGAUGCGUCUCCACUAGCUGAAGUACUGACGCAAGACAAAGAAAAAUCGGAUGAACAGCUCAUUCCCACAAGACAAAAAUUGAAAGAAUCGGCCUCACUGGACCUGGCCGAAGAGCUACAAGAGACAUCCGAGUUUUCACGACCAGAAUCACCAGCCAGUGCUGAGGGUGCAUCACGACCAGAAUCGCCAGUCAAGCAGUCUUCUGCUAAUCUCAAGGCUGAGACCAAGGAGGAUUCUCGACCUGCCUCUGCUGCCAGUGGACCUGCAGAUAAGGCUCCUUCAGAGAAGUCCGUUGAUCUCAAGGCUGAGACCAGGGAAGAUUCGCAACCAGCCUCUGCCGCCAGUGGACCUGCGGAUAAGGCUCCUUCAGAGAAGUCCGUCGACCUGAAGGCUGAGACCAAGGAGGAUUCUCGACCUGCCUCUGCUGCCAGUGGACCUGCAGAUAAGGCUCUUUCAGAGAAGUCCGUUGAUCUCAAGGCUGAGACCAAAGAGGAAUCGCGACCUGCCUCUGCCGCCAGUGGACCUCAAGAUAAGGCUCCGUUAGAGAAGUCCGUUGAUCUCAAGGCUGAGACCAAAGAGGAAUCGCGACCAGCCUCUGCUGCCAGCAGACCUGCAGAUAAGACUCCUUCAGAGAAGUCCGUUGAUCUGAAGGCUGAGACCCAGGAGGAUUCGCGACCUGCCUCUGCUGCCAGUGGACCUGCAGAUAAGGCUCCUUCAGAGAAGUCUUUGGAUUUGAAGGCUGAGAUCAAGGAAGAUUCUCGACCAGCCUCUGCUGCCAGUGGACCUCUAGAUAAGGCUGCUUCAGAGAAGUCCGUUGAUCUCAAGGCUGAGACCAAGGAGGAUUCGCGACCUGCCUCUGCUGCCAGUGGACCUGCAGAUAAGGCUCCUUCAGAGAAGUCCGUCGACCUGAAGGCUGAGACCAAGGAGGAUUCUCGACCUGCCUCUGCUGCCAGUGGACCUGCAGAUAAGGCUCUUUCAGAGAAGUCCGUUGAUCUCAAGGCUGAGACCAAGGAGGAAUCGCGACCUGCCUCUGCUGCCAGUGGACCUGCAGAUAAGGCUCCUUCAGAGAAAUCCGUCGACCUGAAGGCUGAGACCAAGGAGGAUUCUCGACCUGUUUCUGCCGCCAGUGGAUCUGCAGAUAAGGCUCCUUCAGAGAAGUCCGUUGAACUCAAGGCUGAGACCAAAGAGGAAUCGACACCUGCCUCUGCCGCCAGUGGACCUGCAGAUAAGGCUCCUUCAGAGAAGUCCGUCGACCUGAAGGCUGAGACCAAGGAGGAUUCUCGACCUGCCUCUGCUGCCAGUGGACCUGCAGAUAAGGCUCCUUCAGAGAAGUCCGUUGAUCUCAAGGCUGAGACCAAGGAGGAUUCGCGACCUGCCUCUGCUGCCAGUGGACCUAAGGCUCCUUCAGAGAAGUCCGUCGACCUGAAGGCUGAGACCAAGGAGGAUUCUCGACCUGCCUCUGCUGCCAGUGGACCUGCAGAUAAGGCUCCUUCAGAGAAGUCCGUUGAUCUCAAGGUUGAGACCAAAGAGGAAUCGCGACCUGCCUCUGCCGCCAGUGGACCAGCAGAUAAGGCUCCUUCAGAGAAAUCCGUCGACCUGAAGGCUGAGACCAAGGAGGAUUCUCGACCUGUUUCUGCCGCCAGUGGAUCUGCAGAUAAGGCUCCUUCAGAGAAGUCCGUUGAACUCAAGGCUGAGACCAAAGAGGAUUCCCGACCUGCCUCUGCUGCCAGUGGACCUCUAGAUAAGGCUCCUUCAGAGAAGUCCGUUGAUCUCAAGGCUGAGACCCAGGAGGAUUCCCGACCUGCUUCUGCCGCCAGUGGACCUGCAGAUAAGGCUCCUUCAGAGAAGUCCGUUGAUCUCAAGGCUGAGACCAAGGAGGAAUCGCGACCUGCCUCUGCUGCCAGUGGACCAGCAGAUAAGGCUCCUUCUGAGAAGUACGUUGAUCUCAAGGCUGAGACCAAGGAGGAAUCGCGACCUGCCUCUGCUGCCAGUGGACCAGCAGAUAAGGCUCCUUCAGAGAAGUCCGUUGAUCUCAAGGCUGAGACCAAGGAGGAUUCUCGACCUGUUUCUGCCGCCAGCGGACCUCUAGAUAAGGCUCCGUCAGAGAAGUCCGUUGAUCUCAAGGCUGAGACCAAGGAGGAUUCUCGACCUGCUUCUGCCGCCAGUGGACCUGCAGAUAAGGCUCCUUCAGAGAAGUCCGUUGAUCUCAAGGUUGAGACCAAAGAGGAAUCGCGACCUGCCUCUGCCGCCAGUGGACCAGCAGAUAAGGCUCCUUCAGAGAAAUCCGUCGACCUGAAGGCUGAGACCAAGGAGGAUUCUCGACCUGUUUCUGCCGCCAGUGGAUCUGCAGAUAAGGCUCCUUCAGAGAAGUCCGUUGAACUCAAGGCUGAGACCAAGGAGGAUUCUCGACCUGCUUCUGCCGCCAGUGGACCUGCAGAUAAGGCUCCUUCAGAGAAGUCCGUCGAUCUGAAGGCUGAGACCAAGGAGGAUUCUCGACCUGCCUCUGCUGCCAGUGGACCUGCAGAUAAGGCUCCUUCAGAGAAGUCCGUUGAUCUCAAGGCUGAGACCCAGGAGGAUUCCCGACCUGCUUCUGCCGCCAGUGGACCUGCAGAUAAGGCUCCUUCAGAGAAGUCCGUUGAUCUCAAGGCUGAGACCCAGGAGGAUUCGCGACCUGCUUCUGCCGCCAGUGGACCUGCAGAUAAGGCUCCUUCAGAGAAGUCCGUUGAUCUGAAGGCUGAGACCAAGGAGGAUUCUCGACCUGCCUCUGCUGCCAGUGGACCUGCAGAUAAGGCUCCUUCAGAGAAGUCCAUUGAUCUCAAGGCUGAGACUAAGGAGGAUUCUCGACCUGCCUCUGCUGCCAGUGGACCUCUAGAUAAGGCUCCUUCAGAGAAGACCGUUGAUCUCAAGGCUAAGACCAAGGAGGAUUCUCGACCUGCUUCUGCCGCCAGUGGACCUGCAGAUAAGGCUCCUUCAGAGAAGUCCGUUGAUCUCAAGGCUGAGACCAAGGAAGAUUCGCGACCUGCCUCUGCCGCCAGUGGACCUGCAGAUAAGGCUCCUUCAGAGAAGUCCGUCGACCUGAAGGCUGAGACCAAGGAGGAUUCUCGACCUGCCUCUGCUGCCAGUGGACCUGCAGAUAAGGCUCCUUCAGAGAAGUCCGUUGAUCUCAAGGCUGAGACCAAAGAGGAAUCGCGACCUGCCUCUGCUGCCAGUGGACCUCUAGAUAAGGCUCCUUCAGAGAAGUCCGUUGAUCUCAAGGCUGAGACCCAGGAGGAUUCGCGACCUGCUUCUGCCGCCAGUGGACCUGCAGAUAAGGCUCCUUCAGAGAAGUCCGUCGAUCUGAAGGCUGAGACCAAGGAGGAUUCUCGACCUGCCUCUGCUGCCAGUGGACCUGCAGAUAAGGCUCCUUCAGAGAAGUCCGUUGAUCUCAAGGCUGAAACCAAAGAGGAUUCUCGACCUGCCUCUGCUGCCAGUGGACCUGCAGAUAAGGCUCCUUCAGAGAAGUCCGUUGAUCUCAAGGCUGAGACCAAGGAAGAUUCGCGACCUGCCUCUGCCGCCAGUGGACCUGCAGAUAAGGCUCCUUCAGAGAAGUCCGUCGACCUGAAGGCUGAGACCAAGGAGGAUUCUCGACCUGCCUCUGCUGCCAGUGGACCUCUAGAUAAGGCUCCUUCAGAGAAGUCCGUUGAUCUCAAGGCUGAGACCAAAGAGGAAUCGCGACCUGCCUCUGCUGCCAGUGGACCUGCAGAUAAGGCUCCUUCAGAGAAGUACGUUGAUCUCAAGGCUGAGACCAAGGAGGAUUCCCGACCUGCCUCUGCUGUCAGUGGACCAGCAGAUAAGGCUCCUUCAGAGAAGUCCGUCGACCUGAAGGCUGAGACCAAGGAGGAAUCGCGACCUGCCUCUGCUGCCAGUGGACCUGCAGAUAAGGCUCCUUCAGAGAAGUCCGUUGAUCUCAAGGCUGAGACCAAAGAGGAAUCGCGACCUGCCUCUGCUGCCAGUGGACCUGCAGAUAAGGCUCCUUCAGAGAAGUCCGUCGACCUGAAGGCUGAGACCAAGGAGGAAUCGCGACCUGCCUCUGCUGCCAGUGGACCUGCAGAUAAGGCUCCUUCAGAGAAGUCCGUCGACCUGAAGGCUGAGACCAAGGAGGAUUCUCGACCUGCCUCUGCUGCCAGUGGACCUCUAGAUAAGGCUCCUUCAGAGAAGUCCGUUGAUCUCAAGGCUGAGAUCAAGGAGGAUUCUCGACCUGCUUCUGCCGCCAGUGGACCUCUAGAUAAGGCUCCUUCAGAGAAGUCCGUUGAUCUCAAGGCCGAGAGCAAGGAGGAUUCCCGACCUGCUUCUGCUGCCAGUGGACCUGCAGAUAAGGCUCCUUCAGAGAAGUCCGUUGAUCUCAAGGCUGAGACCAAGGAGGAAUCGCGACCUACCUCUGCUGCCAGUGGACCAGCAGAUAAGGCUCCUUCAGAGAAGUCCGUCGAUCUCAAGGCUGAGACCAAGGAGGAUUCUCGACCUGCCUCUGCUGCCAGUGGACCUGCAGAUAAGGCUCCUUCAGAGAAGUCCGUUGAUCUCAAGGCUGAGACCAAGGAGGAUUCUCGACCUGUUUCUGCCGCCAGUGGACCUGCAGAUAAGGCUCCUUCAGAGAAGUCCGUUGAUCUCAAGGCUGAGACCAAGGAGGAUUCUCGACCUGCCUCUGCCGCGAGCGGACCUGCAGAUAAGGCUCCUUCAGAGAAGUCCGUUGAUCUCAAGGCUGAGACCAAGGAGGAUUCGCGACCUGCCUCUGCCGCGAGCGGACCUGCAGAUAAGGCUCCUUCAGAGAAGUCCGUUGAUCUCAAGGCUGAGACCCAGGAGGAAUCGCGACCUGCCUCUGCUGCCAGCGGACCUGCAGACAAGGCUCCUUCAGAGAAAUCCCUUGAUCUCAAGGCUGAGACCAAGGAGGAAUCACGACCAGCUUCUGCCGCCAGUGGACCAGCAGAUAAGGCUCCUUCAGAGAAGUCCGUUGAUCUGAAGGCUGAGACCAAAGAGGAUUCGCGGCCAGCGUCUGCUGCCAGUGGACCAGCUGACGCUGCUCUAGACACUUCUAAGGAAACAUCGAGACCCGAGUCAGCUGUAUCGAACAAAUCUUUGGUUAUGGAGUCUAAGAGUGGACAUGAAACUUCGUCCGUUGCGUCGUUUGUUAAAUUUGAAGAAUCUUUAUCGCGCAGAGAAUCAUCUACAAGAAAGGAUGAGCGUGAUGGCGCCAUGAGUGAUGGCGAAGAAGACGAUUUCGAAACAAAAGUUUGUAUGAAAGAAACUCGCUCCAAGUCGAUGUCUGCUGCUGUCACAUCUUCUACGCAGCGUACUGGAUUUGAAGUUAGUACUUUGGGAGUACUGGAAGAAUCGAUCGUCGCUUCGCGUGAUGAUUUGGACAUGCUGCGUAGUCCCCGUGAUAGUGUAACGAAACUAGACCCACCGUUCAUCCCAAAACAGUCGGAAAGCACAGUGAGUAAGUCCUUCAAGCCUUUAUUUGCAGAUGAUCCACAGUUCCCGGGAGAAAAAGAUGAUGUACACAAACAUGAUACUACUAGCAUGUUCCCGAAGUGCGGCUUGGACAGCACCGAAAGUCCUGAACACGGUGCAUCGAUCGCUAAAGGCAUGGAUCAACUGCUGAAAGAUACAGUCACUUCGAUGAAGGAAAUCGAAAAAAUGACUUCUACAGUUAUUUCCUCCACGAAAAAAGACGAAUCGCUUGUUGAAAGUAAAACUUCAGUUACAUCAAUCCCAGGAGCAUUCCCUAUGUCAGGUGACAGUGGCAAAUCAUCUCCGUAUCUUGGGGAAAAAUCACAAGAAUCCAGCGCUAAAUCAGUGAGUCCACUGCAAGACAAGGAUUCUCUUGAAGAGAGUACCACGUCACUGAACACGUUCAUCGAAAAGGAUAGCCUGUCGGAAAAGGCAUCUAGCCAGCAACAGCAAGUUUCUAUUCGCAUGAGUGCAGCAGGGGAGUCUUCAGUCGAAAGUAGCUCGGUGACAGCUGAAAAGGUUACUGAAGAGCUACUCUUCGCUGGCAGCAAAACACCGCCAACUGCACCAAUCAGUCCGAACGUUGCCGCAAAAGAAAGCAUAAGUAUGACCCAAUCUCAUUACGAAGCUUCAGCGACGUCUGUUACGUCCGCAACAGCAACAACAACUUUGGCGACUACUACUGUGCCGCCAACCAUCCCGAGCGCGCCAAAGGACGAUGCAUCUGGUAUUUCAACACCUAAAGAGUCUGUACCAUCUGGCAAGUCGAGCCCGGGGCUGAUGUCCGUGCACACGCAAGGUAGUACGGACAGUGCUUCCAAAUCGAUCAACUUGGGCCACAGCAGUUCAGGUAUUGAGACAUCAGAUUCAUCGCCAAAGCCAACAUCGCCCUUUCCGAAGGUGGUCGUCGACACGCUGAAACUUGCGGACGAAGCCAAGACCACCUCCGGCAUGAGCACACCGGACAUGACGCGUUCUUCCACGCCAGACAUGGUUGACUCACAGAUUGAGCGUAUCGCCACAACUACGGCAAGUGCAGACAAGAGCGACUCUCAGACAACUGUCACGACUACAACGACGACAACAAAGACCACGACAUACAUUAUCAAGGAUGGGCAAAAGAUUGAAGUGGACAGCAAUGUGCAGAGCGACACAGUGAGCAAAACCGAAACACAACAACCGGGUGCAUCGACAACUGCUCCCGCCGGAGUAACGUCCACCACAACGACGUACAUCAUUAAGGAUGGGCAAAAGGUCGAAGUGGACGAAGCAACUUCCGAAACAGUCGCACCCACAAAGGCAUCAGCUCCGACCCAACUUACUCUAGCCGGAACCGAAGAGCGCAGUUUCGCCGAGGACUACGACGAAAAAGAUGUUCUAUCGCCGCGAUCCGAUAUAUCUUCCGGACAGGCCUCACGCAUUGUGGCCGGCUGGCACGAUGAGGACGUACCCGGUUCACCCAUGAGCGUGACGUCACAAGCUCCGUUGUCUCCCAGCACUAAGUACACCUACGAUUAUGACCUGCAACAUUCCAGCUCGGGUGUGAGCAAAAAGUCCGACAUUGAAAUCGACCAGGAUAGCCAGGAUGACAUCGUUCCGCCACAGUACGGCAGUGAAGAAGCUAAAUCGGCCAUUCCCAUCACGUCCAGUUACAAACCCGAUCCGAUGAGCACUUCAUUCUACGGCCAGCUACCAGAAGUUCCGUCGACCGUAACGAUGACUUCGAGCACUUCGCGCUCCAUUCCGAUUCCGAUCACCGGAACAACGAAGGGCUUUGCCAAACCGUACGUCGAAUAUGCAUCCAGCGGUGACAGCAGUGUCGACUCCAGUCACAAACCCUCCAUCACCGGCGAUCGCAAAUACCUGGACGAGGCAGAUCUAGACUUUGAAAAAGCGUUCAGCAGUGCGAGCCACAAGAAGAUGGAUGACUUGAUGACCACUUCGAUGCACUUUUCGAGCGAGAAGGAAUUCAUGGCAGCCACAACCACAGUUGCUAGCAUGGCACAAGCGCAAAAGAUGGAAAUGGAUUUCACUUCCACAGGACUUCCGUCAUCCGUGACAACGACUCUAACGGGAGCUCAGCCGAGUGCCACUGUCGCUCAGUCCCAACCGUCACCAGCACCGCAACCCCCAGCGCAAUCACAAUCAACUCUACCACAAUCAAUCCAGCCAACUGCACAGUCACAGCCGAGCUCGACCUCAGCGGAAGCAAAGAGCGUGCUCGAUUCAUGGGGUAAGCCAUUGGGACUUCCUUCGCCAGCACCGAUGACAGCCGAUGACAACAAAACGACGCCCAAAAAGGAACGGCGCAUGUUGAUGAGCAAAACGAAGCUCAACAACGAGAAGAACCUGCGUAAGCGAGCAGAAUCUCCGACGAAAGCGAAAAAGUCUGCCAGUCCCGUCUAUGUCGACCUGUCAUACGUGCCACAUCACGGCAACUCGUACUACGCGAAUGUGGAGUUCUUCAAACGAGUUCGAGCCCGAUACUACGUGUUCUCCGGUACCGAACCGAGCCGGGAGGUGUACAACGCCCUACUGGAAGCCAAACAAACCUGGGAAGAUAAAGAAUUAGAGGUAACUAUCAUUCCAACGUACGAUACCGACGUACUUGGCUACUGGGUUUCGGAGAACGAGGAACUGCUCGCCAAAUAUCACAUCGAUCUCUCUCCAAGCGCGGCACGGUGUACAAUCAAUCUGCAGGAUCACGAAACGUCCUGCUCAGCGUAUCGGCUCGAGUUCUAGACAUAGGGAACGAUGAUAGCAUUUAACGGUCACAUGAAGGACGUGGAUGUGGACGACCCCUGAAGUGCAGUACCAGUAGUAGUAGUCCCAUUUCAACCGAUUUAGUUUCUAAAUGGAUAUUCCAGCCCAUUUGGUCCUAUCGAAGCGCGAUUGCGAAACGCGGGUCCGAGUGAGUAGACAUACCUGACAUUAUGUUCUUUGUACCACACAUAGCGCUACUAGUUGAUCGAGUCCACUCCUUCAACUGAUAGCUGUACGUAUCUAGUCCUAUAGCGAGUGUGCAUCCUGGAAAUGCACCAAACGUUAAGUUAAAUUAGACAUUUUUCCUCAAAUUCGAGUGGUAUUACUGGAUAUGGAAAGAGAAUAAGAUUCGAAUGCAAAGAACGAGUUCCUUCAAAAGGAAAUCGGUUGGGAAAUGAAUAGCAGGGAACUAACAUAAUUUAAACGAAGAGCUUACUUUGUAGAGCAGUCCCAUGACGCUGGCCGCACACAGUGAAGUAUUUGUUGAGCUUCCGCUAGAAGACUCUAAGUUUAGGCUAGCAUCCGUAGAGUGCUGACGUAGAUGUGGCGAACGGCAGUCUACCUGAUUUUGGAGUAUCUCCUAUUACGUCUUAGAAGCUGCUUUCGCUCUCUCAUACAACGUUCCAACGGCAAAAGGGCUAUACUUUUUUCCUUAAUAGUCUAGGCAUCGGCGCAGGUACUGCCGUGCGAUCCGAGAUACAGUGAAAGGGCGUCCCAGCCCUGUAGCUAGUUGUGAUACUGUUUAUUUGUUUAUUGAACAAACCCACACCCAUAUGCUAAGUUGAAGUGUGUCAUAACCCGAACAACAACAACAUCCCGGUAGGAUGUGUAUUUCACUAUGUCCGUGUGCGUGUGUGUGUGUGUGUGACAUUCCACACUGCAUACCACAUCCGCGCAAUCGUAUGGCUGGCAACUCUUCCCGAUAACUACGAUUAACGACGUAAAGAUCCAUAAGAUCUAGCGUCAGGAGCAAAGGCAAUGCCGGAGGAUGUAUCAGGGAGAGAAAUACGCACAACUUCCGUCUAAAGUCUACACCCAAACCGAUAAUAAUCGCAUAUCGUAAAAAAGGAUUCGAUCGUUCUUCGAGACGUGAUUGAUCAGACAAAUGCAAUUGUUAACCGUACGUACAACACGCCACACCGUCAAGCAAUCAUUCAUUGCGCCAAUUAAACAAAAGCCAGAGUAAAAGCUCGUGCCACAGCGGGCAAUUGAUAACGGGUCAGUUAAUCAGGGAGCAUAAACAGAAGGCGAAGCGAACCGAUCGGGUUUGGAAUUGUCGGGCAAGCACGGCACGUCCAUCUGCUGGAUGUAGCCGAGCAAGCGAAACUUUAGCAGGUCAUUAACAAAACAAAAGCGACAUCCCACAAAACCCGGUGGUCUAGUUUUUGGACACAGUGUUGGAACAAACUUUUAUACACCAGCUUACAAAACGAUAACCUCCUCUGCAAUAGACGAACUCCCGUCAAUCGCCUAAAGCCCGAGCAAAGCAAAUCCACCCAUUACAAAAGCGGAUAAACUGUGUUUAGGUAGGUAGAUUACACGUAGGCACGCAUCUUAUGAGAACGGAAUGAAGACGACGAACGUUCACUGUAAGACGUCCAUUACAUUGACUGGAGAACAAUAUAAGGCCAGUACAAUUUUCUCCCUGUCCCUCCCGAUGUUACCGACCAACCAGGUCGUAGCAAGCAGAAUGCCACACCGUUAGUUGGAAGAGUUGCCAAUCACACGAAACCGGGUCGGAAAAGAGAAGCAAACAAAUAUCAAAGUUGCGCACCACUAAUAAACGAAGAGCUUUGAUCACGGCUGCAGGAGAGUCUAUUUACUUAACAAACAAACAAACAAACAAACCACUAUAUUGUUGAUCGUACACGUAUAAACUCUCGUGGCACAAAGAUUAAACUUAACCUCUCUCCUUACGCUAGGAGAGAGUCCGUACGCAGUGCAGACUGUAGUACACAUGGUGGGAUGGGCCAGCAGGUUAACGUUGGACAUGAUAGGUUCUAUUUUUCUACAACGCCCCCUUGCUCGUAAACACCCAUCACACCAAGGCUGGGGCUAACCGGAAAUGCUGGCCCAAGGAAUGGCAAGAGACAAAGAAAAAAUGGUUACUAUUUAAAAUCAACAUUUUCAUAACGCAAUUCAUCAUCAAAACCCAAUUGAAGAUCACAGAUCACAGCUUGAAUAAAUGAAUGAUUGAUUAUUAUAAAAUCACGAGGAUGACAACUCUAUUUAUCUAAAUAUAGUCAGAAAAAAGACAGUUUAAGAGAAUACAAAACAAACAAAAAACAAAAUGUACCAUGUUACUACAUUUAAUCUUCCUUCGAGCAACUGAGAUUAAGAACGAAGCAAGAACGAGCACAGACAGGGCGGCAGAAAACUCCCAGAGGAAUGUUGUUAAGCCCGAAAAAGCGAGGCAAAGUAAGAGCGUUGAAUAAAUCGUAAAUCAAAUUUUCCUAUAUUCGAACGAAAAAACAACAAAAAACAAACAUCUCCGAUAUGCAUACACUUCCCCAAUUGUUCAUGGAACGUGUUAUCCACUGAAAGAAACUUUCAGCAAAUAGUUAUUACCGAAAGAGGACAAACAACUUAGGGUAAAAGCAUUACCGAGGAAGGAAAACAUUCGGAAAAGGAACAACAACCAAUGCAUCUGAUGCAUCUGAUUGCAAACGAGCGAAAGGAAAGUGAACAAAGUAUUUAACUUGAGACGUGUUGAAGAUAAAUGAUAGCAUUAUAAGCCCAUGAAACAGUUCAAAUGAAGCAACUUACGAACAGCAAAUGUGCAACCACUAGAGAAGUGUGUGAGUGGGAAGAUGGCGAGGCGAAUGUUCAACGCAAUAAUAUGCGUAUUAUUUAUUAGCACCAGCGAAAGCGCUUCAGCAAGAGCCAUCGGGUUGCGUUACAAGAACGGUGUUAAUUAAAUGAAUAAAAUAUCUACUAUAAAGAUGUUUAGUUUCAAUGGCUGUUUAGCAACAAAACAAACCAAAUACACACAUUAAUAGGAGCAGCACAGUAUGGAUGUGGAUCUUACAGAGGAAAACAAAAGAGAGCAUGUAAAAUCAUCCCACACACUCAUCACAAAACACAACUCCAGAGACAAAAGAAACGAUAUUUUACACAUGCGUGAAGGUACUGCUUUAAAGCCAAAACGAAUACGAAGGACAUGUAGUUGUGGUCGCGACCGUUCUCGACGGAACCGACAACAGGCCUGCGAUGGAAACGAUGAUGAUAGCGAAGGCAAGGCUGAGACAGAACAGCGUACUCGUGUGUGGGUGGAGAGAUUUGAGCAAAAUUUGUCGAUUUUUAUAUGCAAAUUUUAAGCUUUUAUAUUAGCCAAAACAAAGGACACACAUUUAAGGUACAUUUUCACAACCCCCCCGCGUUAUAGGAAACGGUGGCUUGGUGUAGGCGAACAAACCUCUCUCAGUAAAGAAAUGCUUGUGAUUUCUGACUCCGGCCACGAAAACGGCGGCACGAGACGAACAUUUACACUAUUUGCCAAUAGUAACGCAUGGAUAUUAGGAUAGGACGUUAGAAUCAAAGUCUGCUUAUGGGUGACGAGAGCAAAACAAAACCGGGAACAGAAAGCUGAACGCUGUUUGGGUAGGUAGGUUGCAACCCGCGGCUGGAUUGCCCAACACCACCACCCAACGGCAACUCUAGUGUGGCCAAUCGAAACAGAGAAGUGCUUUGCAGCUUAUUCGUUAGUUGGUUAGUUUGUGCUUUCCAUGUGUGCGUGUGUGUUCGUGAGAUGUACUAGUUUGAGGCUAAUUGUGUUGUCACACCUUAUCAUUGCAAGCCGAAUAUUUUUGCUGAUUUGCCUUAGCUUGCCACCAGACGAGCCAUUGGACCGUUGGAGCAUUCUGAUUAACGUUAGUGUUAGGAGCAAUUUGUCUGUUAGGUUUUGUGUUUCGCUUACCGAGGUGAGUUUGGGAUAUAAAUGCUUGUAUGUUUUGGGUGCUAUGUACCGGAAAUGCCUUCUAGGAAGAAUAGAGCGUGCGUGAUGCAGGACAGGGAGGACGGGACGCUUGGUUUCCCGAGAGACGAGUCUAGUUAACUCCGGAUUACGAACAAAGAAGGGCUGUGCGACUAUGCGAGACGCGUUUUACCAGGUUAGAGGCAAGGCAAACGAUAACAUGACGAUUGAGGAAUAUGACGACGAACUUCUGAAACGAACAGGUGAUACUGUCAUGAACUUGAAAUACAUUGAGGGCCUAGGAUUAAAGUUCAGUUACUGUCUAAGCGUAUCGAUACCGUCGAUGGUUAUGAUUUGCUUUUUAAGAUUUACCCCAAUAAUAUUAUUCAUCCAGGAUUGCCACGGCUGUUAAGUUUAGGAUAGCUUUCCAUAUUGGUUCGUGACAAAUAGAUACAUAAUCCGUGUGCAAGCAUUGCAGUCAGCCAAUGCUGGCUGCUUGUGGCGUUUGGUUUGCUUGACGACUGCAACCCAUAUCGUAUGCUUUCUUUAGUAAAAGAGAAAAUGCAUGAAUGACGUUCAUAGACACACUUGAUGGGAAACGCUUUUGAUCUUUAAAACUUAAAACAAGACAAGCGGAUGGUACUGCAGGCAUUCAAGGGGUAAUGGAAAAGUCGGAAAAGUUGGAAACGCGACAAGAAUUGGGAAUUGAAACACGUUGAAAAGGGUAAGGAAAAUUAAAUGAAUCUACAAUCUACACAAUAAACAACCACAUGCACACACACACACAUUCUGAUACUAUAAUAAACGAUUAUCAUUAAACACUGAGGUCGCAUCUGUUGAGAUCUCGCGUAGCAAAAACAAACCAAAAAAUAUAUACUUUUAGCUUCAUCUAGCCAGUUAAUUGAAUGUUUCAUCUGUUUUGAGAAGUAACCCAAAAGAACUAACACAAGGACAGGAGGCAAACAGAUACUUAUAUAAUACGAUCGUUACGAGAGCGCAAACAACCAAUUCGCUGAUGCAGUAUGAAAAGAUCCAGGUGGACAGUUCUGAUUUCGACGGCAAUAUACGUACCGUUUUGGGCAUUUUUUUUUUUUUUAAUUCAAAAAUCCAUCAGUCAGGACAGAGACAUCGUUGACAAAAGUUUUUAAAUGAUAAUCCAUUACCAAGGAAAUGACAAACGUAAUUGAACAGGAACGUACACAUUCAACGUAUGACCUUUAAAUGCACCUUUGUCGCAUGCAAAAAGAAACCCAUCUAAUGUACGAAGAACGCAACUGUCAUAGGUGCGCAACAAAUCAUCCAUCAAAUUACGGAAUCCAUUCGUCUGCAAGACGUCCGAUCUUCUAUGAAACUCUUUAUACUGUACGCAAAGUGCGAACAUGAUGUAUCUUUCAAACAAAACUGCAACACAACAACAACCACACCUAACAUUGAGCAGAAACGAACCGAAACAGUCUUGGUGACAGGAAAACAGAGUAUAAGCAUAGGAACGAUCAGUAAGCGAAAGAAUUACCACACUAUUAAACCAAUUUAAAUGAUACAAACGAAAACAAAACAAAGAGACAAAACAAAACUAUUAACCUAUUAUUAUGAUGUAUGGUGAAAUCAAUAAAAAUGAAUAAAAUUCAAUAAAAAUCAUAAAAAUGUA